UCAACUGCAAAAUGUGACUGAUCAUCACGUCCUGAUCCUACCCAUCCAUCGAUGCGUUUCUCUCUCCUUACUUGUAACAUAAACAACAGACGCUGCCACUACUUUUUUGCAUUUCAUUUUGCAGUCUUUUUUGGGUAAUCGCAUCUUUUUGCAACUUGCAAUUUUUUAGACAAAUAAAGGAUAAUCACUUUACCGAAAUCUUUAAUAUAACAAGAUCUUCAGCUCCCAGCAAACAACAUUUGAAGAGAGAGAGAGAGUGUGGGGGGAAGAAAAAAGAGGGUUACUUGUACGGUUCUAACAAGCUUGCUGCUUUGGUAGCUGUUGAAGAGAGCAACAAAAGCUCUGCUCAAUUCGAGGGUUUUGUACCCACUUGUUUGCAUGACUACUAUUUUCUUCCAGACUCAUUCAGUCACUCUCCCUUUCCUUAGCUUGCAAGAAACCUUGGGGCAAAUUCAAUGAUGGAGUUUGGAAUUUUAUGAAUAUGGGUUUUCAUAGAUAUUUCGAGUUUGUCCCCUUCAUUUUUUUUUAUCAUGUUUUCUCGGUUGAUGAUUUGGCCAAAAGGGGUGCAUUUUAUUUUCUGGGUUUUUGUUAUUAGUUAUUUAUUUUUUUCCCUCUUUAUCCUUUUGAUUUUCCGUUCCAGCCAGGUAGACUAUCCUAGCUUUGAUGUGAAUUUCGUGAGGAAAACAGAGGGUGGUAAUAUCUGAGAUCUUGUCAUCUAUCAGAAUUACUCUACGCUGUUUGGUUGGCCUGAAAUGGCUGAAAAUGCAAAGAAAGUCCAUAUGUCUUACGAGGUAGCGGAAGAAGUUAGUUCAUUGAACAGCGAUGUAUACUUUGAUGUGCUAUCCAGAUUGCCUACAAAGAAUUUGCUGGGAUUAAAAUGUGUUUCCAGAGGGUGGCAUUGCCUGAUUUCUGGCCGACCUUUCAUCCAGACACAGUUACUAAGAACGGAAUCUGGUGUAUUGGGAUUUAUCUCUCAGGGGAAGUUUCAGUGGUUUGAUGGAGAUAUAGAAACUAUGUACUACAUUCCUGUUGAGACAACAGGUGCUGCAGUGCGGCAGAUUGCCUUUGAUUUUCUUGUUGAGAAUGUUGUGGUCUUGGCAUCUUGUAGCGGUUUGAUUUGUUGUCGGAGUUGCUUGCCUUCUCAAUGCCCAAGCAUCUAUAUUUGCAAUCCUCUGAUCAAGGAUUGGAUUAGGGUGGAAUGGAUGGCACCUAAUACAGGGAGUAGCAUAGGUUUAGCAUUUGAUCCAUCUCAGAAUCCCAUUGACACUUCCACGAAUUUUAAGGUAGUGCAAGCUCAAUUGUGUGAAACUGAUGAGGAGGAGGUGCAGUGCAUUUCAUUUGAAAUAUACUCAUCACAAACAAGGGCAUGGAGGAAGUCAAAUGAGAUUUGCCACUGCAAUGACAGUAUGUUCCAAGGCCGAAGCCAAGGCAUCUUCAUCAGGGGUAUCUUACAUUGGUUGACAGAUGGUGAUCAUAUUGUCACAUUCAACGUAGACAAUGAGCUGUCUUGGUUAGUUUCAAUACCUGUCCCUGAUGUGGUGUUCAAAACGACUCCUCAAGCAUGUAUUGGAGAAUCCAAAGGCCAACUACACUAUGUCAUGCUCUCAGAAGAAGGACUUCAGGUAUGGUGUUUGGAGGAGUAUUUUGAAUCGAAAUGGGCACUUGAUCACUCAAAAUCAUUGAAGAUGAUAGAAGAAGAGAAUACUCAAUUCUUCUGCAAUUUACAUGAGCUAGUGAUACAGAAGAAUUGUUCAGAUCACCCAUGGAUGUGCCCCUUGGCUUUUAAGGAUGGGAUUUUACUGAUAAGGGUGGGCGCAAAGAUAUUCCUGUACAACCUUUUGACCAGUAAUUUCAAGGGAGUUUGCAGUGUCACCCAGCUAGGUCCGGCCUGCAUGUUUUGGCCCACGGUGCUUCCUUAUUCCAUGAGCUUGAUUCCACUGACUUAGCUAGGAAGAUUGUACUAGUCUAUGCAUUUUUCUGUCUCUUUGCUUGUGCGUUUUAUUAUAAAUGCAUUUAUUUUGUAGUUUUGCCUUUUUGGUAGGAGGAAAAAUUAGAAGAAAUGGGGAGAACGUAGAAGGAAGAUUAGAGAAGCAAGAAAGGGAAAUUUUUACUACAGGAUGAUGCAAUGUAUAAGUUAUGGGUUACCAAGAAUAUGUAGUGGAACUGGAAAGUAUAGAAAUAGAAUUUUUCUCUGCUAUUUA